GUGACACUCAUGAGGUUCGUGUUCUACUUGCAUUUACAAAGCCUCGACGUUGCAACAGAUCUUCGCGCUUUGUCGACUUCUCCAGGUACACGGCAUGGAAAAAUUAUCCGAGGAACACGCGAAACUUCUUCUCAACAAGGAAUGGCUGGCUAAAACUGGAACCGUAAACUCUACUUCGAAGCCAUAUCUCUUCAAAUUCUGUUCCUCCACAGUUGAUAUCUCAUGUCUCGUGCUCAUAACAGACACUAAAUCGGUGUGGGCUGAAGUUCUGAAUAGCAACCAGUUUGCUCGCCGAUGGAGGGAUUGUAAUUCCUUACCGCUUCUCGCGACUUCAGAAGAGGAGGAAGAAGAAGAAUGGAGAGAAAACGCUCUCAAGACCCUGACUGCCGCUCACACCGUGGGUGGUAUGACUGACUUUUCUUUCGAAGUCGUCGAAUCCCGGUACUCUGAUUUUGCCUUCGCGCUGGAAUGCAAGUCAUUCAAAUGGCGAUGGGAGACUUGCUUCAUAGGUCACAAACUCGGUUCUGAAAUUAUAUCUCAGCACCUUGUGCUUCCAUUAAUCAGUGUGAACCACCUGGCAUUUACUUCCGCUGAUGCACUAGGCGAGAUCGUGGAGCCAGAGUUAGAGAAAGGAAUCGAUAAAGUUGGGCGAAGCGCAAGGCGUGCAAUCGGUACCCACAUUAAGAAUGCCAUCUCGAAGCCUCGGCUCGCGUCGACGCUUCGACGCAUGACGGCCAUGUACAAUUUUCUUCCCGAUCUUCCGUCCGUUAUUUCAACCGCCGAAAGUCCGAAUCUGGACCCUCCCCUCCCUCCUGUCUCUGGAACUUCCCGGAAUCAGUCGAAGGCUCGCGCACCUAGUCUCAAAGGAUCAUCCUCCCCACCAUCAGCCCCGAAGAAGGCGGAACGUCGAUCAUCACCCAGUCCACCCCCUCGGCCCCUCAAGUCACCAAAAACCGCUCCCAGGCCGAAGGAGACCUCGAGGUUAGACCGAUGGACGCCAUCUCCGGGAUCCCCUCAGCGCCCCAAGUCACCGAAAGUGGCUUCGCCUAAGGCAAGUACUCAACUAGGGGAGGCCGCUGAUUCGGCCACAGAGUCGGAUGAAGAAGAAGUGGUUCCUGUUACCUCAGGCAAGGGCAAAGCCUCGGAAACGGAAACAGAUCCCGUUGUAGAACCUGAUGGUUCGCCACCACCCACAAGAUCCAUAUCACCGGCCCCUGGACAAUCCAAACAAUCAAGUCAAGGAAGCCGUCCUCGAAAGUUGUCAUCUCAAUCAGAAUCCUCGCCACAACGACCUGCCAAAAAGAAGAAAGCUGUGGCGUCGCGCUCAAGCGAUGUCAGCGAGGAUGACACGAGCCGUCGCGCACCUGCGAAGAGUGGGGCGAGUACAGGAGUGAAGCGAGGGACUAGACAGCCCAUGAAGCGUGGUGGUAAAAGAUUUUGAUGCUGUCCUCGCCUACUAUAUAUCCAACCCUCAAGGUACGUUGAGGAUCUGGAGAAAUCAUGU